CUCUUUUUUUUUUUUUCUUUCUCCUUCUUGACCAUAUAGUUCAUAACUUAGCGAUUCCCAUCGUUGCGCCCUGGCUCCGAACCCCUCGAACAUAUCUACCGACAUAUCAAUCAUCCAGCACAGGAAACAGCCUCAAGAUGAAGCCCGUCGUGUCUGUGUUGAACGCCUGGUCCUGCGUGGUCAUCUCCCUCUUCGCCAUUGUCAUCCUAUCCGUCCUUGCGUCGCUAUACAAGAAUGAACACCACGGAUUUACCGGGUCGGAAGGCGAACCCGAAGAUGGCGGCGCGGUCGCUGCCUCACUUUUCACGGCCGUGAUUGUAUACGUUGGGUUCUUUGUUUUCUGCGGAUUCCAGGCCUAUCUUCACAUGAGAGCUCGCCGAGGGGGGGCGAUAUCGCUCAGCUAAACGCCUUCUCUAUUUCCUUUCUCUCUCUCUCUCUCUCUCUCUCUCUCUCUCUCUCUCUCCUUUCCCUAGCUCUCGAUACUUGGACCAUAUUAAAUCAUGAAAGACGUCGAAUGCAAUUCUGCUAUUGGGUAUAUUAGUGAAUCCUUGAUUUUACUGGCCUAUUUUAGUUCGUGGAUUUCGGCUCCUUGCCGUGGAAGGACGGUGAUCAGCCGCAAUGUGGUCUGUCUGUCUGUCUUGUCUUGUCUUGUCUGCUUAGAUCUCGCAGCUUACUUGUUUAUUUAUACUGUAUGUAUAUAACUUCUGGCUUAUAUAGAAGAAUUAUGGAUCGUUCUUCUGUUUUUA